GUAGUUUUGCGCAGUAGAGUUUCGGUAGAUAAUUUAGAAUGGGUAGAACUAUCGUUGACUGCGUCAAGUUGAUGUAUCACACCGCCGCAUACGUCAAUUUAGUGCUGACGGUCCCUUCCAAGCCCAAUCAUGGCCGCAAGAUGCGCUAGCUGCAGCUACCCCUUGUCAGUAGAGGAUAGCGUGUCUUGCCUCGAGUGUUCUAGCCAUUUCCACAUCGACUGUGCUCAGCUGGUGGGAUUUCCGUAUUACGAAUUGAGCAGCGACCCGUUGAGGAACACCUUUCAUUGUCAAACUUGCAAGAUUCUCCCUCUUCCUCGGCCAUCGGACAGUGAUAGCGACAGUGAAGAUUACACGAUGCCCUCUAGACAACUGGACUUCCACUUGGAGGGCCAGCCGGACUUUGCGAAAGAUAUGAACGAGCUCAAAGGAACGGUCCAAGACCUAUCGGAACUCUGCAAAGACAUGUUCAGAGAGAUUGGAGAGUUGAAGUCUAUCAAUUUGACCCUUCGAUGUGGAAUUGAGAAUAUUAGGCAUGAUAGUGAACAACAAAAUAGGGUUAUAUCUGAUUUGAGGAAGAGGAUAGAAGCUCUUGAAGGGAGGAAAUUGGAUUCGUUCAAGCCGAUUGAGACCGACACGUAUGUAGAUAGAGUAAGCGUUUUAGAGGAAGACGUUGAGAGGUUUUUAACACCUGAUCCUGAGUAUUCAAUAUUAAAAGGUGUAGAAAAUGUACAAAUAGCAGAAACGCUAAAUAUAAACGAAAACGAAAUUCAACCCUUAGAAAACGAUAUUCAAUCCUUGGAAAAUGAACCUGUUCUUACAUUUAAUAGCAAUGAAACUAACAGCAAUGGACAGCCUAAACAGUCAGAUGAUUAUAUAAAUGUAGAACACACCUGUGCUAAUACAACAACUAAUGAAGAUAGGUACCACGACGAAGAAAAUAUGCAUUUUGCUGACCAGGAAAAAAUUUCAAAAUCUGAAGAAGAAAGUAAUGAAACAGACUUAGUUAAUCCAGUGCAGGAUUGGGAGUGGAAGGGAAACAAAGCUAUACAUCUUAAGGAAUUAAAAAAUGUCAGUUCAGAGGAGGAAGAAGAAUGUGAAACAGAGCAUGUUACAUCUAAAGAACACUGCUGGGAGGUUUUGGAAGAUGAUUUGAAAACAGUCGUAGUUUCAGAACCUUGUGUUAGGGAAGCAUUAGAAGAAGGUUCUGGUAUCAAUGAAGAGUCAGAAAUAGAUGUUGAAGGAAAGAGAGUAACCUGGGCAGAUGAGGAUUAUGCCAAUGAACAAGAAACAGAAGAAGAAGAAGAAGAAGAGGAACAAACUAUUGAAGAACAUUUUACUUCUGGCACAGAAUAUACAACCGAAAGUGUUCAGGAACAAGAAACAGAAGAGGUAGAAGAAGAACAACAACAUAUUGAAGAAUCCUUUUCAUCUGACACUGAAUAUACGACUGAAAGUUUUCAGGAACAUUCCGAAUCAAAAAUAAAAUCGUUUCAGAUUGAAGACACUGAAGAAAAGGAAGAAAAGGAUACAGACGAUGAAGUGACAGAAAGUGCAGACAGAACUUCCCUAAAAUCUAUCAAAUCAAUCAGAUCUCUAAAUGAAGAAGAAGCUGUGGAUAAGCCAAAACUUGAAGAAGAAAUAAAGAUAUCCGAGGGCGAUGCUGAGAUUGAAGAUUACAUAAAGAAAGUAUACACAGGAAGGGCAGACUCCGGGGAGAUGUCACGUCUAGAAGGUGGCGAAGAAGAGAUACCUGAAGGGGAGAUGAGGGAAGGGGGACAGUCGCCUGACCAAGGGGAGGUCCAGCCGUCCGAACUCUCCGAGGGUUCCGAACCACCACCACCUCAGCCGCAACAUACUCCGGAUGAUCUAUGGGACUACCUGAAGGAAUCAGUGACUGGAGACCAUCCUGCCACUGUGGAGGAGUUUGUACAAAAGUUGAUCGGAACUCUUGAGCACGUUCCAGAGGAGUAUCUCAAGCCUGUCAUCGACUACAACAUCAAGCGCGCAACCUCACCUUCUGUCACAGAUGGAGAGCACCUUGAUGCUAAAGAAGGAGACCAUCAUGAAGGAGAAGGCCAAGUUUCAGUAGGUGCAGGAGAAGCUGGCGCUGAAGGUAGUGGUGAAACAGAAGUAUUAGCAGGAGACGAGGAACAAUCAAGCACACUUCAAGAAUCUCCAGUAGCUGAAGGAGAAUUAUCUGAAGACCCUCCAAUCUUUCACGAAGAUCCCACAAAUAUCACUGAAGAACCCACCGAAGGAUACACUGCUCUUGAAGACGCCGAUUAGACUGACCGCCAUUUUGGAACUGAGGAAAAACCAGCUGAGGAAAUUCAACGUUAACAUCUUUCAUGUUAUUAAAACACUCGUUUUGUUUUAAAA